AUGCUUCACCCCUGGGAAGUUGAGGAAAUGUUCUGCGUAGGUCAGUUCUAUAAGGUUCUUAUGGAAGAACUUAGCGAUAAGAUCGAGGAAGACUUUGUGACAAUGGUAAAGGAGAAGAUAGCUGCGUGCGCCGAUGUUGGUGGCGAGCAGAAAGACGAAGUUGGGGGUAUGUUGGAUUGGUUCGGCCUAUGGUGGUAUGACGAAUCGUUUAAGAGAAGCGACCGGUCAGAAUAUAUAGACUAUCUCGUCUCGCGAGGAAUGCUAUUCAUCCGGAAGCUGACCAGCGCACCAUUUCCGAUUUUGAACUAUGGCGACGAAAGAGAAGAGGAUGAAGGGAAAUCCAAUACACGGCACGCAGAGGACGAUUCUGAUGAGGAGUGUCUUGGGCAUUGCAAUUUCGGUUGGCUAUGGGCUGUCAGGCAUACGAAGAUGGAAUGGCGAUGGGAUAUCGCUCUCCCAGCUAAUUAUGAUUUACGAAAUCGGGCUACGUCUUCUGGGACAAAGCACGGCUGCUAA